UCUCGUCUGACGUGGCUCGCGGCAAAUGUUCGAUACGUGCGAGGGAAAAUCGCGCGGCGCUCGAGUUACGAGAAUACGCGAGGAGCAGUACGCGCGAUCGAGGGGGCCGAUUUUCCGCCAAAGUGGAGCGGCUUUUCGAGCGGUAGCGGAAACGAAACCCCGGGGUACUCUGGCAUCAUGAACAUCGAUGAAUUUCGCGUGCGCGGCAAGGAGAUGAUCGAGUACAUAUGCGACUACAUCCGCACGCUGGAGGGCAAGAGGGUGACGGCAAACGUCGAUCCCGGCUACCUGAGACCCCUGCUGCCGAAGGAGGCACCCCUCAAGCCGGAAUCAUGGGACGCCAUCAUGAGGGACGUCGAUGGCAAAAUAAUGCCCGGAAUCACUCACUGGCAGCAUCCGCGAUUCCACGCCUACUUCCCGUCCGGCAACUCGUUCCCCUCGAUCCUGGGUGAUCUGCUGUCGGACGCGAUCGGCUGCAUCGGUUUCUCGUGGGCAGCCAGCCCGGCCUGCACCGAGCUCGAGACCAUCGUGCUGGACUGGUACGCCAAGGCGAUCGACCUGCCGACUGAGUUUCUGUCGGAGCAGAAGAGCGGCGGCGGCGGCGUGAUCCAGGGCUCGGCCUCCGAGUGUAUUCUGGUGACGAUGCUGGCCGCGCGUACCCAAGCGAUCAAGAUGCUGAAGGAGCAGGAACCCAAUAAGGAGGACUCGGCGUUCCUGCCGAGAUUGGUGGCCUACUGCUCUACGGAGUCGCACUCGUGCGUGGAGAAGGCGGCGAUGAUAAGCCUGGUGAAGCUCCGGGUACUCGAGCCGGACGAGAAGGCCUCGUUGCGCGGCAAAAGACUCGAGUCCGCCAUUAGGGAGGACGUGGCGAAUGGCCUGGUGCCGUUCUACGUGUCCGCCACUCUGGGCACCACCGGCUCCUGCGCCUUCGACAAUCUCGUGGAGAUCGGGCCCGUGUGCAAGUUGUACCCCAACAUCUGGCUACACGUGGACGGCGCUUACGCCGGUAACGCAUUCAUCUGCCCGGAGAUGAGGCCGUUCAUGGCCGGUAUCGAACACGCCGAAUCCUUCAACACGAAUCCCAACAAGUGGUUGCUGGUGAACUUCGACUGCUCCUGCCUGUGGGUGCGCAAUCGGGUGAAGCUUACGUCAGCGUUGGUCGUCGAUCCGCUUUACCUUCAACACGCUCGCUCGGGCGAGUCGAUCGACUAUCGUCACUGGGGUAUCCCGCUCAGCAGACGAUUUCGAGCGUUGAAGCUCUGGUUCGUUAUGAGAUCGUACGGGAUCAGCGGCUUGCAAAAGUACAUUAGGAAUCAUAUAAGGCUGGCUAAGAGGUUCGAGACGCACAUGAAGAAGGACAGGCGUUUCGAGAUCUUGAACGACGUACGGGUGGGCCUGGUGUGCUUUCGGCUGAAGGAGAGCGAGGAGAUGAAUCAGGAAUUACUGGCUAACAUUAACGCGUCUGGUCGGCUGCACAUGAUACCGGCCCGGGUGAUGGGCAAGUACAUCCUGCGUUUCUGCGUGACGAAGGAGGACGCGACCGAGGAGGAUAUCGAUUACGCUCUCAGCGUGAUCGAGGAGCACGCCACGGAGGUGAUGUUGGCCCACUACGAGGGCACGGAGGACGAGUACAGGGCGAAGGGCCCGAAGAGCCCGGCCGCUCUCGACAAGAAACUCGUCCGGAAGUUCAGCUUCACCAGGAGCGUCACCAGAGACGCUUACAAGAGAUCUAUCUCCAAAUCUAGCCUGCACGACGGCGCGACGCCUAUCAUGGUCGUCGACGAUAACUCGCAGGUCGACGCCAUCGACGACGACCGUUUCUGCAACAGCAGAUCGUGACGAUGUCGAUGACGGUCCCCGGCGCCGCCGACUCGGGACGACGUAGACGGUAAUAAAAAGGGUCCUCGCUACACGGCCGUGUGAUGCGGAACUCUGACGGCCCACCGUCGUCAAUUUACUGAUUCCCGAAGUCGCGUUUGUUGAUAAGGACCGACUAUCACCGAUUACAUCGCCACGUAAGUGUUUAGCCAAAUUAUUCGUCUCCGAUCAAGUUCGCUGAAUGCCAAGAUCGCUCGUUUAUGGACGACUGAUCAGCGAUCGGUCGUUAUCUCGAGCACGAGUGAUUCUUCGUGGCGACAAAUCGCGUCAAUGUACAUGAGAUAUCGAGCCGAGUUUUGCGAUAGAGCGUGAGAUUCUUAAGCACAUUUUAGACAGUUCGUAAUUCGCGAUAGAAUUCGGCUUAAACAACUUAAUUACGAACGCACAUGUAUAAUGCAAAAAUAUUCGAUUAGUAUAAGCCUUUUUUUAUUACGAUCGAGUUUUUAUAAGGAUGAAGAUUUUUAUUAAAAUUAUAGAUAGAAUUUUGCCGCACACAGAAAUUCUGUUCCGAAUUACGGUCGGUCUAAAGUGGGUUUUAGAGGCGGCUGCGCGUAUAGUUAACGUAGUCGUUUGAUCUAUUUUGGUAUAUACAUAUAUAUAUUGUAUAUGUCUGUAUAAGCGAUAGAGCGAGAUGAAUCGAUGUACAUAUGUAAUACGUGAUAAUGACUGCCGAUGCACGCACGGACUCUAAUAGUUUUAUAUAAAAUGCUAGUGAAUAAUUAAAGUGUAUCGAUCUCAAUAGAUUUACAAGUGAAUAGCAAACGAUUAUACCGAUCCCAGUGUAUACCGGAUAUAUCAGAAUUCUAUUUUUUUUUCGCUAAUACUAGAACAGAAAUUGCGAAGAGAGUCAAAUAUCUUCUAAAUGUAAUGUAAUUGACGUGAAUACAUCCAUUACAUUAUAUUUAGGAGGUAUUAAAGUUUAGAUACGCGAUAUACAAAAUUUCGAUCGAAUUCAAUUAGAAAUAAAUUUAUAAGUUAAUGAAGACAUAUUGUUUAAUAUAGUGUCGUUGCUGAUUAAAAAUUAACACGUUAUAAUAACGUGAUAUCCGAUAAUCCAUAAGAAAAAAAACAUCCAAAAUUGUAAAACAAUUUAUAACUGGAAAAGUCUACAGUAUCUUGGAGACACUAUAUAGUGAAGUAAAAUGUAUUAGAAUUUCAGACACGCAUGGAUAUAGUGGACGUCAUUAAUUCGUAUAAUUGAGCGGACAAUUGUAUAAUCGACGUCGCAUCGACCAAUAAAAAUAGAUUUUAAUUUAGUUAUAGAAGGUAAUCCUAACGAUAAGAAAAUCAUGAAAUAGUACAUGGAAAAAACAAGCAUGUUUGCAAACUUAAAGAACUUCAGAUUUAGAUUGAUAAAUUUACGGGUCGAUGCUAAUACGAAUAUAUCGAUGUACGUGUACGUUUGUCUUUGAUAACUUGCUCCGAUUUAUAAUUAUUAUUAAAUCAACUUCAAUACGUACAAAGGUAAUACAGGAGAAUUACCCGAUUAUAUUAGAAUUUCACAAACAUGAUAGAUAAAAUGAUUAUGAAGUAUUUAUUUCAUAUGUACAGAUGUUAUAAUAAAAUUAAAGUUCGUAAGAUAA